UGCGGGCCGUGGGCGGCUGGGCGGCCGCUGCUCCCGCCGCUCUAGGCUCAGGCGCCCGUCGCCGCGUCGGAGCCCCGCGCCCUCCCGGCACAGCAAGCAUGGCCCACUACAAGACGGAGCAGGAUGACUGGCUGAUUGUCUACCUGAAGUAUUUACUCUUUGUCUUUAACUUCUUCUUCUGGGUGGGCGGCGCGGCCGUCCUGGCCGUGGGCGUCUGGACCCUGGUGGAGAAGAGCGGCUACCUCAGCGUCCUGGCCUCCAGCACCUUCGCCGCCUCUGCCUACAUUCUCAUCUUCGCGGGCGCGCUGGUCAUGGUGACCGGCUUCCUGGGCUUCGGCGCCAUCCUCCGGGAGCAGAGGGGCUGCCUCUCCACGUAUUUCUGCCUGUUGCUUGUCAUCUUCCUGGUUGAGCUGGUGGCGGGAAUCCUGGCCCACGUGUAUUACCAGAGGCUGAGCGACGAGCUGAAGCAGCACUUGAACCGUACUCUGUCGGAGAACUACGGACAGCCCGGAGCCGCGGAGAUCACCGCCUCGGUGGACCGUCUCCAGCAGGACUUCAAGUGCUGCGGAAGCAACAGCUCGGCCGACUGGCAGCACAGCACGUACAUCCUGUCGAGGGAGGCUGAGGGCCGCCGGGUGCCCGACAGCUGCUGCAAGACGGUGGUGGCACGCUGUGGCCAGCGGGCCCACCCCUCCAACAUCUACAAGGUGGAGGGAGGCUGCAUCACCAAGCUAGAGCAGUUCCUGGCUGACCACCUGCUGCUCAUGGGGGCAGUGGGCAUCGGGGUGGCCUGUCUGCAGAUCUGCGGGAUGGUUCUCACCUGCUGCCUGCACCGGAGGCUCCAGCGGUAUUCUUACUAAUGGCGAACCCUCCCGACUGCCCCUUGCAAGGACAGGUGCCCACAGCCCAUCUGCCAGGACUGCCGAGUUAGUACCAGUUCGACUAGGGCCACAGGCUCCCCUCUCUGUGCCCUGCCCCCGCAAAUCCACCAAGUGCCUGAGACCACAGCUCCUGCUGCUCCCCCACGCAGGGGCCCUCGCCCGCACCUCCAUUUCUGAGCCCUCCCCCCAGACCCUGGGCAGGGGAGUGAUCCUGCCACGGGACAGCCAGAGGCCCUCUCCAGGCAGGGGACGCCCGUGGGCUCCAGGAGGGAGAGAACUGCGCUCUCUGCUCCCUCCCAGCUCCUGAACCUGGAACACCGGCUGCAAACCUGGGUCCCUCUGGGCCCCCUGCAUUCUAAGUCCCCUAGUGGCGCUCAGAAGCCUCAGCUUGCUCUCCCCUCUGGGAAAGGUGUGAGCUGGGGCAGGUGGGGCUGGCUCUUCCCCCAGAGACCUCCCCAGCCCUGUGACCUGCCCACUCCCCACACUGCCUCACCUGGAAAGUGGUGUCCUGCGGGGCCUGGGGGUGGGGAGGCCCCAGGUAGGGCCGCCGUAGGCUGGAUGGAGCUGCCAGGGCAGGGCGCAAGGGGUUGGGGGACAAGAUGACACCAGCACCUGCUGCACCAGGAGCAGAGCCCCGCCCCCUGCCCAGCGGCCUUCCCGGGAGAAAUCCCCCUGGAAGGCCACAGCCCCAGGCCCCAGCCUCUAGUAAUAUGCCCCUCGGGGAUCUCCCGUUCCGGGGCCUUAUUUUCAGGAAUGCCAGGUUUUAAAACCAUCUUCAGCUCUUCAUGUUGGUGGAUGUAAAACUCCUCCCCUAGGGGACAAAAUCACAGCCCUGCAGAGUCGGAGUGCUGAGACGGGGAAGCUCUGAGCAGAGGGUGCUCUGCCUGAACCUCACUUUUCCUGGGGCCCUCUCCCCCCACCACAAGGCCACCACCGUGUUGCUUCCAGGGGGUUGUGCUCUGCUUCCUUUGCCACCCGUCCCAGAGUGGACACAGUCCCUUCCUCCGUUCUCUCUUGCAUCACUGAAUUAGGCAAGGAAUUUUUAGGAAGGACUUUCCCAGGUACUAAGGGAUAACAGAGAAAAUCCCAGGAAAUACAGCCAUCCAUGCCCGCAGUUUUCCGAAGAAUGCGUAUCAACAGUUACGUACGACAAUCACGGGAACCUCCCCCCAGAGUGGCUGUUACAAGGGGGCAGCUCAUAACACAAGAGCCCCACGCCUGCCUCCGUGCCUCCCAGGUCCCCCACUGCCCCCAGAGGGGACCCUCUUACUUCCCCCACAGGGAGGGGCGGCACCUUUGUAUGCUGAGGCCCAGAGAGCGCCCGGCCUCCCCGUCGGACCCUGCUCGCAGUGGGAUGACACAGCUCUUGCUGACCCGGGCCGGUCCUGGGGGAGGGGUGUGCUCUCUCCCAUACACAGGAGUGGCCUGAAGGUCAUUCACUGCUGUCACCAACAUAGCCCUGACUGUGCCUCCCCAGCGCUUCAAGUCUUACAGAGUGAGGGCCAGGAAAGGGACAGGGUGCUGGGCUCCAGCUGUUCUCCCUUCCAGGCACUGGGGAGUGGCAGUGGGCGGGGGAUGCGGUGGCCUUACCUGUCUGCGGUGACAGGCAGGUGCCCAGUGCAUAGCCUUGUCACUGAGGGCAGGGCCCAGGAGAGCCUGUGCCAUCCGCCCUGGCCCCAUGUGUGGGUCAGGCCAGCCUGGCUGGGGGCAGGAUCAGCUGUGGUUCCUGCCUCGCCAUCGUCCCUCCCAGGCUGCCACUGGGACGGCCAGUCCAAGCUGCAGAAGGUGGUAGAAAAGCCCGACGCUGCUGGGAAAUGUGGCCUCCUUGUUCAUGCCAACAGCCCGGAGAUGAGUCAGGGUUAGAGGCAAGGGAGGCCAAGCAGGGCAGCUCUGCCUGGGCGCACAGAGGCAGGCUCCAGGGGCCUGUGCCUGGACAGUGCCUCCCAGGUCCCUGCUUGGAGGCUGUCACAGUCUUGAGUUCCUUCAGAGAGAGAGAAGGACGUGCCGUGGAAAGUCACCGUCAGUCCUGUGUGGGCAAAAGGCCUGGCGCACUGGGGCCUGGGAAAGCAGCGUCAGGUGCCGGGAUCCACAGGGCUGCGGCCAGCACGUCUCCCCCCGAACACAGCACAGCGGCCUUCCCUAGCCACAGGGACAGACACAGAGAGAACACUCGUCCCCGAGUGCCCUGAGCGCCGUGUUGGGGGGAGAGGCAGGAGUGAAGCUGGGCCUUGGUGAGGGACGAAGUGUUUGUGCUUCUCACCCCCACCGCUGGCCGGCAGUGACCCGGCCCCAGGAGCCCCGCAGGCGUGGCCAUGGACGGGGUGUCCAGGGGGCCACUUGAGUUUACCGAGGGCCUGCUACGUAUGUCAGAGUGUGUUGCUCACCGUAAAUACGCUACCUUGCAGUACCCCAAUGAGAGAGUGUUGUCUCUCCCAUCUCACGGAUGAGGAAGUUCAGGCUCAGCCAGGUUAAGAGACUGCCAGUCGGCAGGGAUGGCUGCUGGCUUGCAACCCCCAGCCAGGGGCGGGGGCCGAGGGAAAGCUGGGCUGGGAGCCCCCUCCUCAGCAUCCCUCGGUAUCCUCCUGUGUAAUGAGCUGUCGGGCUGACAGUCAGAAACAGUGUCCCUGGGGGGCACUGCCACAUACCAGCCGCCUCAGUGCCCCUCCCAGGUCGGACAGAACCCUGUGUCCCGGCCCGGUGCCAGCUGCCCUGCACAGGCCACUGGCGCAGAAGACGGGCUCAUCUCAGGCUGCCAGCCGGGCCUCCGGGUGGGGGGCCGGGCAGCAGGCGGGAGCCUGAGGGGCCAGAGCGGACCCCAGAGUGAGAGCAGGGACUGCGCCCAGCUCUCGGAUCCUUCACACGGGGGGUGGAAUCUCAUGCCCCAUCUGGGGGUUGAGAAAUCCUCAGGUGACACCCACUCCCAGAGCCACCCUGGGCAGGGAGGGCGCCCUGCGGUGGUGAUGGUGACCUCCUCCCCUGAGGGAGGCCCCUUCCUGCCUUCUUUCCCCUCCCCCGAGUGGGCACCCACUGUGGCUGGGGCUCGGGGGGGACACUGGGAUUUCCGCCUUGGAGAGCUCCCCCUGGGCACAGUCACAGGCGGUGAGACCCAGGGGGUCCCGCGUGGCCCCAGGUGUAAGGUAGGUCACCGUGAUGUCCCCAGGACCCUCCUGCCCUUCUGCCACUCUAGGCCCCUCCUCAGAGUUUUGAGUCAGGGGAGUGAAAAUGGAACUGGGACAGUGGCUGUCAUCACUGGCCACCCUGGGCCUGCGCAGGGGAAGGGGCUUGACGGCCUCCGGGGGAAGUCAGUCUUCCGCGUCACCGCUGGGUGGCACUCACAUCCCCAGGACGUGGAGACCAAGCGUCUAAACCAGUGGUUCUCAAACUUGAGUGAGCCUCAGGAUCACCUGGGAGCUUCUCGAAACAGGCUGCCCCCGCCCCCGCCCGCCCCCGAGCCUCUAAUCAGGAGAGGCAGAGCCAGUAACUGGAUAAUUCAAAUUGCUACCAAGUCCCGCACAUGACACCACUGCGGCUGGCGCGGGAACCACACUGUGAGAACCACUGCUUUAGAGCACAUGACAAAGUGCACUGCCACCUUCCUUUAUGUGUCACAACCCUCAGGGAUCAAAAGUCCCCCAGGUCAUCCGGCUGAGGUCCACCUGCAGCAGCCCGAGCCCGUCCCCACUCGUCCACUGUGAGGGGUGAGGCAUGCCACCAUGUCAGUUCACAGCCCUGUGGCCUGGGCCAGGAGGCCGGGCGCCUGGGCCCCUCCUGGAAGCCGACACGUUACAUGCCCUGGCCCCGUUUUCCCAGCCCCGGCUGCGUGCCCGGGGGAGCCCCUGCAUCUGGCCACCCCCCUGCCUGUCGCGGCUCCCAGCCCUGUGCCCCGCGCCCUCACCCCACACCGUGCGUGGCCACUGGUCAUUCCAGGCAGCCCAGUGUGAGGCCGCGUGGGCUCCUGGAACCAGCUGGCCCCUGCGCGUGGAGCAUCACAAUAUUCUAGACACAGGGAAGACGCCUUAACCCGCUGCGUAUGGAGAAACUGCUCUCGUAACCACGCCCCCCUCCUCAGCCGAUCUCAUGCAAGGCCAGCCCCACGUGCCGGGCAUGACAAUAAAGGAAUUGCACCCAGGA